AUGGCAUGCCAAAUCUUCGUUUUUGCUUUUGUCUUAAUUGCUUUAACCGGGUUGGUUUCCACCGCCAAUGGCGCUGAUAGUAAACCAAUCGCCCCCGAUGGUGUUGAUAGUAAAUCAAUCACCCCCGCCAUUGCAUCCACCGUACCAGAUGUUAAUAUCAUCGGCACCAUUGAUGACAAAGGUGCACCAUCUCCGAAUGCCGCUGUUGCUGCUCCUCUUGGCAGUGAGCUGGAUGCUAAAAGAUUUGCUCCUACUCCUAGUGAUGCAACAACUGUUGGUGUCUCAGUCGUACAGGCAGCCACCGCCGUCGGGGCGGUUUCAUAG